GAAAUCCCAUAACGUGAGGGGCACAGCGCACCGGACAGACUAGCUAGUUGUUUUCCAGCUGUCCGUUUACUGUUUACACCCACCGUCAUUUAUAUCCAUGCAUCACCUCGCGUUUCGCAGCGACAACUAGUUUUCCUGCACAGACUCUUUAAUUCACCAAGUGUUGGGGACUUGGAGCGAGCGAUGUCGGAGGAGGACUGUGUGACAACAACAACAGGGCGCGCUGCUGUCCCGUUAGCAUCGCAACGUCCUCCGGUCCAUGUUGCUUAACCCUGCCGGGCGAGUACACCCGUCCACGCCUCCUGCUCAGUCCAGUCCAGCUCAGACCAGUCCCGAGGCCCACCGUGAUGGAAGUGGAGGAACCCCAACAGCAGCCGGACCGCGGGGCGAGGAGCCUGCCCGGCCUGCUCUCCGGGCUGCAGGGCGCUGAGGCCAGCGCUCUGCAGCUCAGGAUCAAGAACUCCAUCUGCAAAUCUGUUCAAACAAAAGUGGAAAACAUUCUGCAAGAUGUCGAGAAGUUCUCAGACAUUGAAAAACUCUACCUCUACCUUAAGUUGCCUUCUGGUCCCAGCAGUUGCACUGAUAAAAGUGACCAGAGCGCCCUGUCAUCAAGCCGCACACAGCAGAUGCAUGCGUUCAGCUGGAUCCGCAAUUAUUUAGAAGAAUACCCAGAGACCUCUCUUCCCAAACAGGAGGUCUAUGAUGAAUACAAGAGCUUCUGUGACAAUCUUAACUACCACCCACUAAGUGCUGCAGACUUUGGAAAAAUGAUGAAAAAUGUCUUCCCGAACAUGAAGGCACGUCGACUUGGCAUGAGAGGAAAAUCUAAAUAUUGCUACAGCGGACUAAGGAAGAGACCCUUUGUUCACAUGCCAUCUUUACCCACUCUGGAUCUCCUCAAACCAGGGGAUGGAUGUGAUGUCCUAGAGUCACAAGGCCAGCUGAGAAGCAUAAAGGAGGAUGUGCGAUUUGCAGCCUGUGAUCUAGUGUGUGAGUGGGCCCAAAAGGUACUGAAACGCCAGUUUGACGCCGUGGAAGACUUGGCUCGCUUCCUAAUCGACAGCCAUUACAUCAGCAACAAGUCCUUGGCAGCUCUCACCAUUACCACCGGCACAGCAACAGAGGUUAAUACUCCACAGACAGUCUCAGCAUUUGUCUCCACUGCUGAGGCUCACUCCUUCCAGCCUCAUGUGACAACCCUGUCCUCGCCUUCUGUCGAUGCAAAGCAGCAGCUCCAGAGGAAGAUCCAGAGGAAACAACAAGAACAGAAGCUGCACUCACCUUUACCUGGAGAGGGACACACCAAGAGAGCAGAUGACAGCGUGCCUUGUGCUAGCCCCACCCCUCCAUCACCUCAGCCAACCAUAGGCAUCAUGGUCACUGCUGUCCCAAGCCCCAUCACGGUACAGAGAGGCCGGCAGCUGAUGUCCCCUAGUCCAAUGGGAACAGUAGAGAGCAAAGUACUGCCAAUUAACUUCCAAAUGGUGACACAGGCAGUGAAACAGAGCCCCAAAACCCCUCAAAAUAUUCUAGCCAGUCCUUCGGGAGAACGCUCUGCUCGGCAGCGCUAUGCACAAAUCCUGCCCAAGCCCUCGGCCCCGACAGCUAUCACUUUGCGCUCGCCCUCCGCCAUGAUCAUCGGCAAUAGCCCCAUUAAGACUAUGAUGACUACAUGUCAUGUCAGCCCAGUCAGUUUGGUCAAGAUGACAGCCAUCUCGCUUUCACCCAGCAGCAGUACUACCACAUCCUUCACAAACACCACUCUGCGGCCUGCAUCUGCAGGCAUUAGCAGUUCUGCAGUUGCAGAAGACAUCAGCUAUAAUCAAAGCAUGAGGAGCACUUCUGCAGUCCCCAUUCUGGCCAGGCCAGGGCAGACUGCUAACACCCAUACCAUCGAUGUUGAAAUGGAAAUUGAAGCUAUACAUAAAAACAGCCAAAUGCAAAAUCCUAGCAGUCUAAUUUUGACUCAAGGAGCAAUGGCAAAUAGGGCUGGAGGGGCUGUACAGAGGGCUGCCAGUGUGCCCAUACCUCAGACUAGAGGCUUCCUGGGUCUGGAGGAAACAUCCAGCACUAAUUGCAAUGGAAAAUCUUCCUCAUGCACUAACAGUGUGGCACUAACACUCUGUAACACUGCCGAAAGCAGCAAUAAUGGCGCCAAUAAUACGAGCACUUUGCACUCAACUCCCUCUCCUCAGAAUACCAGCGCUGUUUCUUUACUGAACACCAGCAGAGCACCUUCAAUUGGGGAAAACAGCAGUGUUACAUCAGCAAAGGAAGGUUUCUUGUCCACUAAGAGCCCCAGGAAACGCUCUGGCCUCAGUCCAGACCUUUCGCCAGUCAAAAGGGCUUUUAUGCAGCCAGUAGAGGGCGCUGCUGGUCUUGGAUAUGGGAUUAGAAACCCGGUCGGUAACGUCCAAAGGCCAGGAGCUCCAACUAGACCUGAAAGUGCACCAGCUAGCAGGGAGGUAGAGUCGAAAAUGAGCUCUUCCACUCAAGUCCACGCACCCUGUACUUCCUCUUUCACAGCCAGUGGCUUCUACUCUGUUGCCAAAACACAGAGCCCAAUGCAGAGGAAAAACACUCCCACUGUUAUGGAAACUAGCACUUCAGUAGGUCUUUCGUUUAUACAGCAACAGCAUGGGCACACAAUGGCUAACGUGCAUGCCGUACCAAAUAACCCCGGCCUCCAAAAACACGGUGUGAGUGAUGGUAGGGGUUCAAACUCAACCACAGGGAGUCUGGAAGGAGCUCAACAACAGACCUACACUGAGUCUAACCCUGCAACUGAACCCUUAGACUUUUUCAACCAAGCUUCAUCAUCAAGCCAGCUCCCUAUGCAGACCGAUAUGGACUACUUUCCCUUUGAUGAUGAUGUGACUCAGGACAGCAUCGUGGAGGAGCUUGUGCAGAUGGAAGAACGUAUGACAUUUAACAACCUGCAGGAGUUUGGAGACUGUGUCACACUGCAAGGCCAACAAGCUGCGAUGCCGGACAACAUAAUGUCCACAAAUCAGCCCAUGACCGCUUUCUAUCACGCCGCAAACAGCCGCAGUAACCCGAUCCAAACUCCCACACCCACAUCGGAAAUGAUGGGAGGAGCCCAAGGCCUAACCGGAGAGAGCCCCUGCUUUCGCAUCGCCUCCACCACCCCAGUGGACAGCGCACUGGGAAGCAGUCGUCACACCCCAGUUGGUACUCCACACUCCAACUGCAGCAGCACUGUGCCUCCCAGUCCAGUAGAGUGCAGGAACCCGUUUGCAUUUACACCAAUUAACUCCAGCCUCACUGGUUUCCAUGACGGCAGCACCGUCUCCAGCAGCCCUGUCAAGCCCAUGCAGAGGCCGAUGGCCACCCACCCGGACAAGACACGGCUGGAGUGGAUGAAUAACAGUUACAACAGCAGCAGUGGGAGCUUAAACAAGUCAAACAGCGGAAUGGGUAUCCUCCCCAGCUAUCAAGGCCUGAUAGGAGACCAGUUUCAAAAACCUCAUGCCUUCGCCGUGCCUCAUGUGCGUCACCAUGACACUCAUUUUGGCCGCUUGACUCCCAUCUCGCCUGUGCAGCAGCAGGUAGCUAGCAUGGCUAGCACGGCCAAGCAGGAGGGUUUUGCUGUGCCUGCCCCUCUGGAUAACAAAGCCACCAACACACCUGCUGCAACUUUCCGAUGUCGCAGUGUAAGCCCCGCUGUGCAUCAGAGGAACUUGGGUGGAAACACAGGAAACCUUCCUCAUAUCCCUCGUUCAGUCGUGUCUCCCUUUAACUCUCCUGUGACGCCUGAGGUGUUAAACAUCUUUGCAAACAGCCAGACAAAUCUUGGAGUGAGCAGCAUGGCUCAGCGGAGCCAUUCUGUGCCGCUCAACAUCAUGAUGCAAACUGAGGUAUUGCCCACGCCAGGCCGACAACGCAACAGCAAAAACAUCACCAGUGUCCUUCUGAGCAAGCUGGAUGUGGACCAUGAUGACACUGUUCGGGGUCUGGGCAUCAAUAAUUUCCCCUCCAGCUACACUGCACGCAUGAACCUCACCCAGAUCCUCGAGUCCGACCCCAGCCUUUCCUGCAGUGACAACCACCUCAGCCUGAUGACCUCUGACCCCACCGGCCCAUGCAAGUUGCAGAGGCCAAAUUACCACAUCGAAAAUGCUAUUAAUGAAGAAAUGCUUCUCUCAGCAGGUGACAGCCGAGCACAGUUAGCCUCUGGAGAGCAGCAUCGACAACAGGCCCAGUCUAUGUUGUUAAGUCUGAGCUCACAGCAGCAUCAAGAACUACAACAGCAUCAGCAGUUGGAUUUCAGCAGCACUGUGAAGGACCUCCUGACAGACAACAGCCUCACUGCUGGCAACCAGCUCAUGGAGCAGCUACCUACAGGCGGGGCAGAUUUCCCUUGUGAAAUCAGAAUGACAUCGGAGCUCUCCAGCAGCAUCAAUGACCUUAACGCGCUGGACACAAACCUUCUGUUUGACCCCAACCAGCAGCAAGGGCAAUAUCACAAUGCUGCUUCUGCGGAGGAGGAGUUGGUGAGUGAUCCGCUGUUUCAGCAAAUCGCCAGUGAGGCGGCACAUUCAAGUGGACUCGAGUGGCUAGAAAGCAAAGAUCAUCCAACAGUUGGACUGAUGGGUUGAGAAUAGACCUUUCGGGGGGGGGGGGGUGUUGUCAUGUUGAACAUGUUAACCUCUGGUUGCUGUUUGUUUUAUUAUUUAUUUUCAGGAAUUUACACUUUAUAAUGCAACCCUGGACACAUUGAGGUUUGUCCAGUUUAAGUGCCAGCCUGAACUGCAAUGAUGCUGCAAAGCUCUGAUUAAAAUGCUGGUCAUUUCCCUUAAAUCAGAGAACGUCGGCUCACGUUGUUUGAUCAAGAGUAUUUCCAACAAGUAAACAAAAGGUUACUGAACAAAAAAAAGAAAUCUCACGCUAAACCUGUGGGGGGGAGUUUAUGUUGUGUUUGAUAUUUCACUGAAGAAUCAGUGAACAAAUCAUAAGAGUCAUGGCUUUCUUAGUGUAAAGUUAGGUGAACCUUAAUGAAACAACAUUAUUAUUUAUAUUAUUACAAUAUCAUUGUGUCUAAAUCUCAACUGCAGGCAUUAUGUAAUUAAAGCGAAGUGUACAAAAUAUAUUUUGUACACUUCGCUAAUGUCAUAAUUGACAUCUGUGUGCAUAUACAUUCACUGAAAGACACUGGAAGGAUCACUGGAAGUAUCUUUGUACGAGCUUUAGGUGUCAGUCUGGUUCUUUGUUUGAAAAAGAUAUUAACAUCAUGUUUAAAAGUUUACACUCAAUUUAUGGAAAUAUCAUUUAGUGACAAAAACAUAGAACCAAAUUCAUCCAUUUGAAUCCAUUUAAUAUAUUGUCACGCUAAUGAGUUGGCAUGGAGCGUAUAAUGAGAUGUGGAUGAAUUGAAAAUAAUAAACGUAGUAGCUAAUAAUAUAAUCUUAAACACAAUAGUGUUACUACCUUUACUGGUGGUUCACCUUGAUGGAAUACAUGAAGAGGAUCUGUUAAUGCUUUAAAAGUCAACCUCUCAUCUUCUAAUCGGCAUGAGAAUCAAACCUCGGUGCUUUAUAGAGCUCAGACAACUUGAAAAUGAUGAUAGCAAUAAUAUAAUUAGGCCUCUUUUGCACAUUGUUUUGCCUUUUAAACCACAAAGGAAAUUGUCUUUAAUAAUGAUAACUAUUUCAUUUCAUUUAUUAGGAUCCCCAUUAGCUGUAGCCAAAGCAAUAGCUAUUCUUCCUGGGGUCCACACAGACUCAAUAAACUAUAAAGUUGUAGAAACUCAAACAAAUCCCUUUAAUUUACAUGCACAAAAUGUUCUUUGUUAACUGUUUAAUAGAUAUAUUAAGAAAUAUCAGCAAUACACCAUGUGGAAAAAAUUAUGAGUUUGACUCUUAACAACAUUAAGCCAAGAAGAAUGACUGAUUCUGCAAUGACACCCAUAAAAACUGCUUUAUUUAUUGCAUUGAGUAUUUAUAUGAUAGUUACCUCACACAGAGCAUGGUGGAGGAGUGUGAGAUACCUGUCAUGUUCUGCACUUUUAAGUAAAGUAGGAGGACAGUAAAAAUAAAAAGUCCAUUUUCCUUAUUGUGCGGACUUUGAGUCGAAGGUUUUCAUCUGAAAAUGACUAAAUGGACUUAGUAGAUGAAACUGAGUGGAAAUUAACACUUUAUUUCUAAAGUUGGUAGCAUCAAGAACUUGAACAAGUUUGCUUCCUAAUGUAGCACUUAUCGUACGGCACUGACAAUCUGUAAUAUUUUUGUUUCUUUACAUAAAUGCACUGUGUUUGGUUUGGAUGACGGAGGAGUAUCUUUCACUGCAUGUCCUGCCCACUAAUCACGCCCAAUGAUGAGCCGUGUGUAAAGAAGACAUGCAGCCAUGGGUUUUUGGUCUUAUGUCCAUACCAAAGACUUGAAGUAUAAGAUGCAAUAACGUGCUCUAAGAUCUGGGGUGUCUAAUAUAAAUCUCCUCUGCAAGGGAAAUACAGAGUAAUGUUUGAUAACAGCCAUAACAAAUAUAUUCUGUAAUAUGAAAAAUAGUUGACAUUUGCAGCACUGGAAAAGCAUUUCUUUAUAAAAUCAGUACGUUAAUAAUGAUUUAUUUUACUAUUGUUGAUGCUUUUUUAAACCCAACUCGUAAAUAACGUUUUUAUGGAGACAAAAAAAAAACACUGUUUCUUUGUAUUAGCUUUAGAUUCCUGAGCGUGUUUGUAUUGCUGGUCACACUAACUUUAUUUGUUGUACAGAUUGGUGGUGUGGCCUGUUUCCCAGUGUGUUUUUGUUUUACUGCUGGUUUAUUUAGAGUUGUUUGCUUGUACAGAAGCUACAAUCUUGCAAACCAUAAACUCUUGUGAAUUCACAAUAAUCUGACUUGCACUGUUAAUGAUGUUUUGUAGCAUACUUUUUUAGUGUUAUAGCGUAUUACCACGCGUCAUCAGUUCAGUUCUUCUUUUUUUGAACGGAUGAUUUGUCCAAUACAUUGUAGCGAAUAAUGAGAAAAUUUAAUGAAACAGCCAAGAUGCAAGUUGUUAUCCAAAACCUUUCAUUACUGGAUUUUGGCAGAAAAUUACCACAGAAAAUAUUUGCACGUUUUAAAAUGUGGAAAUGAGAUUCAUGUCAGAUUGUAUCAGUGUAAUAAUAAUAAUUUCAUUUGGAGUAUAAUUUAAUCUUGAGAAAUUUAGACAAAGUGUUCUUAUAUAUUAAGUUUUUGAAUCUGUUGUCUCAGUUUUUAUGUUUAUCUAUACUGUAUCUGUGAAAACAUUUGCAUUUAUAUGGUUAGCACUGACGUUUGCGUUUAAUAAAGACUUUACCCUUCCUCUUGUUGAAAGAAAUGCCCCCCACUGUUAUGUCGCUGUAGUCAGUGUACAGGGGAUACUUUCUUUUUUUGCAUUUUAGCAAGUGCUUUUAUAAGGGGGAGUGCUUGUUGAUACUGGUUUGUAAAGAUUUUUUAAAACUAAUAAACAUUUUUAAGUACAUCCUGGUA